AUGGGUGUCAAGACCUUGUUCCCACCAUCUGCGGUGAAGCCUCAGUCACAAUACGCUAUAGGAGCCAACAUCGCAAAUGAAAGGACCGGCGCAAAGAAAACGGGAUUUGGCUUCCUCAGUGGAGGUGAUAUCGCACUCUUGAGAGACAACUUCUCGGUAUCGACAUGGCUGCUCCUAGGUGGCGCUAUACAAGUCCUGCUGUCUUUCGUGUUUCCACGCUCAUAUCUUGCCUUUCCCAUUGUUGGCCUCCUAGGCUGGAGGAUCGUUGAUGCUUAUUUGAUGCACUUUGGAAUAAAGAAGAACGUCUGGGCCGAGGGUGUCAUUGAAGGCAAAUGGAGUGUUGGAUAUCCCUCCGAGGGGGAAACCGAAAUCGUCCACGGCAAACCAGGCGAUAACGGUCCUGGUGGUGAGUCAUGA